AUAUGCCGCACCCCCGAGGUGAAGUGGGUGCUGCUGCUGCUGCUGCUGCUGCUGCUGCUGCUGCUGCUGCUGCUGCUGCUGAUGACGAUGAUGAUGAUGGUGACGAGGACGACGAGGAGGACGAGGACGAGGACGAGGACGACGAGGAGGAGGAGGAGGAGGAGGAGGAGGAGGAGGAGGAGGAGGAGGAGGAGGAGGAGGAGGAGGAGGAGGAGGAGGAGGAGGAGGAGGAGGAGGAGGAGGAGGAGGAGGAGGAGGAGGAGGAGGAGGAGGAGGAGGAGGAGGAGGAGGAGGGCGAGGGCGAGGGCGAGGGCGAGGGCGAGGACGAUGACGAGGACGAUGACGAUGACGAGGACGAUGACGAUGACGAGGACGAUGACGAUGCCAAUGACGAGGACGAUGUCGAUGAUGAUGAGAGGAGCAUGGAGACGUCAAAGUCGUUUGAGUCGGGGUUGAUAGGCCAGUGAAGCCCAAACGCUGAGGUGAUGUCCAU